UGCUACACACGUAACGCGGCUCUGCAGCUGAAGAAAGACUGGGACAUUCAGGCUAAAGCAGUCUGUAAAGACGGAACCAACAGUCGUCAGCCAUGGGACCGCCAGAAAAUGUCAAAAGUGGUGGUUGUUGGAGACCUGAAUGUGGGGAAGACCUGCCUCAUUAAUAGGUUCUGUAAGGAUGUAUUUGAAAGAGACUACAAGGCCACCAUAGGAGUUGACUUUGAGAUUGAGAGGUUUGUGAUAUCCGGAGUGCCUUUCUCCCUUCAGAUCUGGGAUACUGCUGGGCAGGAAAAAUUCAAGUGCAUCGCUACUGCAUACUACAGAGGAGCUCAGGUCAUUAUCACAGUCUUUGACAUGGCUGACAUUAAGUCCCUCGAUCAUACAAGCCAAUGGUUGGAGGAGGCCAUGAGAGAAAAUGAACCUGACUCCUGUUUCAUCUUCUUGGUUGGCACUAAGAGUGACCUAAUGCCUUUAGAAGAAAGACAGCGAACAGAAAAAGAUGCCAUCAGGAUAGCAAGAGAAAUGCAUGCAGAGUUUUGGGCUGUUUCGUCUAAAACAGGGGAGAACGUGCAGGGUUUUUUCUUCAGGGUGGCAGCCUUGGCCUUUGAGAAGUGCAUGCUGAAGGACAUGGAGAAUGGAGCCCCUGCUAGCAUCGGAUGUGGAAAUAGUAUCAAAUCAGAUCGGGCCAACCUGGAGGAGGCGGUGGCGCAGCAAGACACAAAGAGAAGCUGCUGCUGAUGUUCCAUUUAAAUCUUUAAAACUGCCAUAUAUUCUGAUUGCAAAAGGUUCAACCAGUAUGAGCUCCUGGAAGCCGAUGUUAUUUGAUGGAAAGGGUCACUGUUUGCUGAAACUAAAUUAAAUGAAUUUGACAUUUGUUAUGGGAUAGUUGUCAGUAUUUCAUCCAGAAUGUUCUAACAUAAAACAUUAAAGAAGGCUAAUAACAAAUCAAAAAAGCGUCUCAAAUUAAUCGUUUUAGUUUAUUGGUCUUUUUUUUCUGUUAAAUACAAACUCCAUUUUGUCCACCCCCAUGGUGGCCAAGGGCCAAUAACUUUUGGUAAAAACCCUUGUAUGGGUGCUUAAGAAUUUCUUUGCUACUGUCAUAGUGUUUAUUUUUUUAUACAGUAUUGUGGUGGAAUAUGUGUCACCUCUUACUGUGGGUGAUAAAGGUUUAUUUAAAGUGUGUUUACUUUUAUCUAAUGCAAGUGUAAACAGUACUUUUGUCAACUAAUAAAGUG